AUGGGCCGCAACCAGGUACGCGGCACAGUGGUCACGGCAGCAAAGGUUGUGGGCGGCGCUUUUUAUGAACAGCACCAGCUGUCAGAUGGCUCCAGCAUCAUUGAGCUGACCGGCAUCGGCUCCUAUCAGUCUGUCGGCGUUGGUCAACCUUUGAUGGAUCACGUUGAGCAAGUUGCCCAUGACCAAAGGCACGUUGGUGUCAUUUUGCUGGCAGUGCCUUCGGCAAUCGAGUUUUACCAGCGUUGCGGGUACAGCUUCCUGACCGAGACUCGCAAUCCUGUUGAAAGGGCACUCUAUUACCUGAGCUGCAAGGCCUCGUUUCGUCAUGCUGCGAUGCUCAAAUAUGUGUAA